AACUUGCAAAUGCAUAUAAUGCAUUGUCCACUACCCUAAACAUCUCUCCUUCACUCCCGCACUUAAUUUUUUUAUAUGACAUCAUUGUUUACGUCAUUUUCCUCACUUAAACACGGAUAACCGUCCAUUUUUCCAACAUUUUCCACGUGUCAUCAUCUCAAUCCUCUUCCAUUUCCUUCAUGUUUCUCUCCCCUCCCUUAUAUUAUCACCUCUUAACUCAUACCCCCAACCCUUCUCCCCCCCCUCUUUCCCCCUAUUCCUCUCUCUUCUUUCUCUCUCUAACCCGUAAAAAAACUCCCUAAAAACUACAAAAAUUAAAAGUAAAUAGAAAUUAGAAUCAUCAAAAUGAUGAGUACUGAAACAGAUAUGUACAAAACGAUAAGUUUUGAGGAAACAGAGUUAAGGCUCGGGCUUGGACUCGGGCUUUCAGGAGGAGGAACUUGUGAAGCAGAUCAAUUAGCAAAGAAUAAUAAUGGUAAACGAGGAUUUUCUGAGACGGAAUCUAAUCAUGCUAAUGUUGAUUUGAAGCUUAAUCUUUCUACAACAACUAUUUGCACUACUAGUAAUGUUGUUAAAGAAUCAAAAAUGGAGCAAACUCAUGGUGGUGUUGAUCAAAAGUUGAAGGACAAAAUUGUUGCUUCUUCUCCUACUUCUACUUCUGCUGAUCCUGCUAAACCCCCUGCUAAGGCGCAAGUUGUAGGUUGGCCACCCGUCCGAUCAUUCAGGAAAAACAUCGUGGCCGUCCAAAAGAAGAGCUCAGAUGAACAAGCUAACAACACAAGUGCAGCGUUUGUGAAGGUUAGCAUGGAUGGAGCACCAUACUUACGUAAGGUGGACUUGAAAUUAUACAAGAGUUAUCAAGAUCUUUCUGAUGCCUUGGGCAAAAUGUUUAGUUCCUUUACCAUAGGUGAUUGUGGGUCACAAGGAAUGAAGGAUUUCAUGAAUGAGAGCAAAUUAAUCGAUCUUUUGAAUGGUUCCGAGUAUGUGCCUACUUAUGAAGAUAAAGAUGGCGAUUGGAUGCUCGUCGGGGAUGUUCCAUGGGAGAUGUUCGUAGAAUCGUGCAAACGUCUUCGUAUCAUGAAGGGAUCAGAAGCCAUUGGUCUAGCACCAAGAGCAGUUGAGAAGUGCAAGAGUAGAACCUGAUGAUAUUUUUUCAUAAUGUCCAAUGUUUGCAAAAUUCUGUCAAAUGUAAAACUUGUCUUUUUUUUCUUUUUUUUUUGGGCUUAGUGUUAAAAGAAAAGCCUUUAUAUGAAAUUUUUAAGUGAUGGGAAGGCAGACCGGCUCGAGAGGGAUCGAGCAAGACGUCUGGAUGGUGUAAUUUUUUUGGUUAAAGUUUCUCAUAAUUAAUUAUGUGAAGAAAAGUUGUUUUAUUAUUAUAUAAACUAUUUUUAUGUUUU